AUGGAUUUCCAGCAAUGGAUGAUUGACAGGAACCCUCCCACUGAAGUUAGAAAGAUAACCGGAUCCGAUCACAUGGUCAUGAUGUGUAAACCAAUCGAGUUAUCGGUUCAUCUCCAUGACAUUGCUAAGAAAGAAAGAGCCGAAGGCAAGACUACUACAGAAGAACCACAUUACUAUUGCAGCAAUGGUGUUCCAGAGAUUGGAGAUGUGCAUGGAAGUUCUGAAGUUGGUGAUUGA